AUGACCGACACAACACAAGAUAAAACUCACCAGGUCGUGGGCGACGUGAAAUCUGCUUUAAGAGGCGUCAAGGGCCUGGGAGACACUAUCCGUGGUUCGGUCAAUGAGUCGAUCGAUACGGCCUUCAAUGACCCGGAAGGGGAAGUCAAAAACAAAGCGAUCAAGCAAAAGGGAGAGGCAGACAUAGAUCAGGCUGAUCGACGGUUUGGAGGAACAACCAAUGCAGGAACAACGAACACCGCCGUUGGGGGCACGACCACUGGCGCGGGUGCCCAUCCUGGAGGCGUCGGCAACACGAGAAGCACCGCACCUCAAAGUGGCAUUGGUGGCACAACCACCGGCGCAGGUGCCCAUUCUGGAGGCGUCGGCAACAUGAGCAGCAACGUCCCUCAAAGCGGUCUUGGUGGUGAACCUACGACUACCAGGGAGAGAUUUUGA